UGGAAGCCUGGGAUACCUUUGGUUUUGCUGCGGCAGUGGCGAGAAAAUGAAGUGAGAAAUGAGAGCAAAUUUGGGCUUCUUCUUGUCUUCUUCCGUGAAUCUAGCUUCCAUACGAUCCUGUGCGCCGCGCGCCACCGUAAGAUUUACGCCAUUGCUGUUGCAACGUCAUCCAUCUCUUCUACUCUAUAAACUUACAACCAGUGUUCACAACACCCUACUCUCCAAGCUCCACAACCCUGCGCGUAUAACCCUCGCUUUUUCAGCUUCAUCCAUGGCCGCCUCUUUCAAACCGGAACAGGCUAGGGUUCCUCCUGCUGUCCAGUUGCCCACUCCUCUCGUCACUAAGUUUAAGAUUGGUCUGUGCCAAUUGUCUGUAACGGCGGAUAAGGAAAGAAACAUUGCUCAUGCUAGAACCGCUAUUGAGGAGGCUGCUGAAAAGGGAGCUAAGCUCAUAGUUUUGCCUGAAAUAUGGAAUAGUCCAUAUUCGAAUGAUAGCUUCCCAAUUUAUGCUGAGGACAUCGAUGCUGGUCCUGAAGCAUCUCCUUCAACAGCCAUGCUUUCUGAAGUUGCUCGUCUUCUAAAGGUCACCAUUAUAGGUGGUUCAAUUCCAGAACGAAGUGGGGAUAAGUUAUAUAACACAUGCUGUGUCUUUGACAGUGAAGGAAAGUUGAAAGCAAAACAUAGAAAGAUACACCUCUUUGAUAUUGAUAUUCCUGGUAAAAUAACUUUUAUGGAAUCUAAGACCCUCACUGCCGGGCAGACUCCUACCGUUGUGGACACAGAGGUUGGACGAAUUGGUAUAGGCAUUUGUUAUGAUAUUCGCUUUCAGGAGCUAGCUACAUUAUAUGCAGCAAGAGGUGUUCACUUGAUCUGCUAUCCUGGUGCGUUUAACAUGACUACUGGACCACUCCACUGGGAGUUACUGCAGAGAGCAAGGGCUGUAGAUAAUCAGCUGUUUAUAGCAACAUGUUCACCUGCUCGAGAUGCUGGUGCAGGAUAUGUGGCUUGGGGCCAUUCCACACUUGUUGGACCAUUUGGGGAAAUACUGGCCACCACCGAGCAUGAUGAGGCAAUAAUCAUCUCAGAGAUUGACUAUUCACAAAUUGAACUUAGGAGGACAAAUCUGCCAUUGGAGAAGCAAAGGCGAGGUGAUCUUUACCAGUUGGUAGAUGUCCAGAGGUUGAAUUCUCAGUGAAGCAUGCUUGGUUGGUAUAAUCUUCAAUUGUGCAAAAUGUAGGAAAGUUUUGUGCAAGAUAUAGUGGCGGUGAAGCGCUGAGUAUUAAUCCUUUAAUUGGAUUACUGUCUAUAAAAUUCUCCCAUUAGAAUAAUGUAAGUCCAGAAUAGGUAUAUCUGCUGCAGAAGAAUAUUGUUUUAAUCUUCACCCGGAGAUUCUAUCAUUGUAUUUUUUUUUAUUUUUUUUUUGGAAUACAAGGGAGGGGGAUACCCAAAAUAAAACAACGUGAGAACUAUUCCUCCUCA